GUAUCAAACCGUAUAGAGGGGGUGCUGAGUGCUGUGUGAGUGAGUACCGUGAGACAUCUGCCCAAGACAUCUUCAAAAUGCCUCGGAUUUCGGAGUACUUUACCCCUUUUACAGUUAAUGUACUGUUUAGUAUGGGAGCUGGAGUCCUUUUAGGAUGGUUAAUAAGGGGUAAAAUUCAAAGACAACAUAUUUUGAAAGCACAGGAAGCUGCCAAGUCGUCAAUGGAGGGUUCAUCAAGUGUUAUGUCUGACAGCGGUGAAUACAAACUUGUACUAGUCGUAAGAAAUGAUCUGAAAAUGGGAAAAGGCAAAGUAGCUGCCCAGUGUAGCCAUGCCACUCUAGGAUGUUUUAAGAAAGGAUCAAGAAUCAGAUCUGAAUGGUUAAAGAAUUGGGAGAUGGAUGGCCAGCCUAAGGUGGUUCUCAAAGUACAAGAUGAACAAUCAUUACUAGUAUUAUCUGGACAAGCAACAAGAAAAGGUCUCCCAACUUCCAUCAUUCAAGAUGCUGGAAGGACACAAAUAGCACCAGGAUCAAAAACAGUACUUGGCAUUGGACCAGGUCCAGCAUACCUUAUAGAUGAAGUCACUGGAGAUUUAAAGCUGUAUUGAUGAUAUUGUAUCAUUCCAUGAAUAGAGCUGCAGUUGACAGAAUUGGGACCUUUCUACAUUCAGGCUGAUCAUGAAACAGUAU